GAAGCAAAAAAUUUUUAUUUUCGUAAACACGAAUUUUAAAUAAAUUAUAGAUAAUCUCGCCGCUUUUCUUGUUUCACACUGUUUUCAAAUAUAAUGUGAAUUGUAUCACUCCAUCGUUAUAUCCUUGAUCUUAUAUUAAACGUGUUGUACUAACAAUCAAGUUAGAAAUUGUAAAAAACUUUUUAAAAGAAUUUUCAAUAUUUUUCUUGUUGAUUGUCCCGGAUCAAAAGUCAAAACAAGAAUUUGUCAACGACAUCAUGGAUUCACAUCAGGAAAAUUCAUUCUGGAAAAACAAUGUUAAAAUGGUGCCUGGUCGACCAAGUCCCACAAAAGAUUUCAACAGGUCAACGACCGUCAAAGCAAAAAAUAAUACAAACUCAAAUUCCACCACGUCCUUUGAGAAAUACCAGAAGAGUGUUUCCGAUGCUUGGACGUUGUCGGAAGAUGAACUUACAAAAGAAUAUUGUAUUUUAACCGAUGACCCUAAGGCACCACGAAGGCCAAAUCAAAAUAAUGCGAGGGUUCAUAAGAAUCCAAUUGCGGUUGUUCAUCGUCAAGUUUCAACAUCAUCAACUUUUAUUAAUACCACCAAUAGUGCCACUACCAGUACUGCCAAUCACAACAUUGAAAAAUUUGCCAGUGAAAAUAAUGAAAAUCAACAGGAACCACAAAAACCAGAGCCACGGAAGCCGACAUCGGAAUAUGGACGUCUUCGUCAACGAUUUAAUUCGUAUCCAGGACGACCACAGCUGCUAAAUGUCACAUCGUUGUCAAUGCGAGAUGAUGCUGAAUCUAAAUUGGAGAAAUUUUCAGCAAUUUUGGAAGCUGAAUUAUUAAAUUUGAAAGCAUUGAAGGAAUUAAGCUGGCAGGGUGUUCCGAGAAAGAUGCGAGCAGUUACGUGGCGUUUGUUAUCUGGUUAUUUGCCAACAUCACUUGAACGACGUAAUUCGGUUUUAGAACGUAAACGCAUCGAUUAUCAAGCAUUAGUAAAGCAAUAUUUCCAUGUGGAUGUGCGUGACGAAUCACAGCAAGACACAUUUCGUCAAAUUCAUAUUGACGUUCCUCGUAUGAAUCCUCAUGUGCCGUUAUUUCAACAACAAUUGGUUCAGGAAAUGUUUGAAAGGAUUCUUUUCAUUUGGGCCAUUCGACAUCCAGCAUCAGGUUACGUUCAAGGCAUCAAUGAUCUUGUCACGCCAUUUUUCAUUGUUUUUUUACAAGAACAAAUUGGCGCUUCAAAGGAUCUUGAAACAUAUCGAUUGGAAGAGCUUUCAGAAGAGCAACGAAAUAUCAUCGAAGCUGAUUCGUUCUGGUGCAUCAGCAAAUUUCUCGAUUGCAUUCAAGAUAAUUACAUUUUCGCUCAAUUGGGAAUCCAAGAGAAAGUGAAUCAAUUAAAGGAAUUAAUUCAAAGGAUUGAUUUGACACUUCACAAACAUCUUCAAUCACAUGGCAUUGAUUAUCUUCAGUUUUCAUUUCGUUGGAUGAAUAACUUAUUGACUAGAGAACUCCCACUUUAUUGCACAAUUCGUUUGUGGGACACAUAUCUGGCUGAAUCGGACGGUUUUGCUGUUUUUCAACUUUACGUUUGUGCUGCUUUUCUUCUCCAUUGGCGUGAGCAAUUAUUACAGGAAAGAGAUUUUCAGGGGUUGAUGCUUCUCCUUCAAAAUCUACCAACACACAAUUGGCUCGACUCACAUAUCAGUCUUCUGGUUGCUGAAGCAUUUCGGUUAAAAUUCACUUACGCUGAUGCGCCAAAGCAUUUUGAAGUUAAAAGCAGUUGACGUCAUCGAUUGUUUAAGUUCGGCGGGUCUUUUAUAUUUUAACAUUAACAAAUUCACAACUUAUUCUGUUGAUUGGAAAUUUUAUGCAUUGUAAAGUGAAUAUUAUGAAUAUUAAAGAAAAGUAUCGUAAAGAUGCAAAAGUCGAUUAAUUGUAAUGAAUUGUUGGUUUUUUAUUGUGAAAU